AGCUUUACAAAAUCCAUCCCUCAUUCCUCAAUUCCCAAAUUCUCAACUCCGUUGUCGCCAACUCUCUCCUGUCACCCGCUCCACUGCGUCGGCCGUCUCAACCUCGACAGCGUCGCCGCUCAAACCUCCGCACACCCGCCUCCUCUCGCCUCCCUCCGCCGCCUCUUGCGACCCCUACUCCUCCUUCAGAUCCCGCCAUCAGAUCCCUCCUUGCCUCUUAUCCCGCCGCCGUCUCCUCCCUCCUCCUCCGCCCCCUCUCCGACAAGCUCCUCUGCGAGAAGGACCAGCACGCCCAGUCCGCAGCCCGAACGCCGCCCAUCCUCUCUGUUCCAUAAGGAUUUGGGACAAAAUGGCUUCUUCCUUCAUGAAGGCAGCAGCAAAGAAGGCAGGCCCAGCUAUGAGGAAGCAAGCUUUGAGCUUGACCGAUGCUGCUGCCUCUAGGAUUCGCCAACUCCUCGAUCUUCGUCAGCGCCCCUAUCUCCGGCUCGGCGUCAAAGCCCGUGGAUGCAACGGGUUAUCAUACACCAUGAACUAUGCAGAAGAAAAAGGGAAAUUUGACGAGUUGGUCGAGGACAAGGGUGUGAAGGUACUGAUAGAUCCAAAAGCACUUAUGCAUGUUAUUGGAACUAAGAUGGAUUUUGUGGAUGAUCCACUGAAGUCGGAGUUUGUAUUCAUUAAUCCUAACUCGAAAGGGCAGUGCGGUUGUGGUGAAUCUUUCAUGACGACAAGCAACAAUCAAUCCAGUAAACCUGGGGGUUAAUAGCCUCCAAGGAUUUAUGUCAACACAAUCUGUUAAUCUUUUAUGAUGGAAUGUAUUGCUGUAAAGAAAUUAGUCAAUAAAGAGAUGUUGGAUAAUCCUGUAAUUAAACUGUUCUUAUUCAGUUACUUGACCCAGCAAUUUUUACUGCUGGAGAUUUUGUUGUCAAUUUCCUAA